AUGGCAGAUGUCAAAAGGUCAGCAGACUUCGCUUCGUCUCCGGGGGUCUUUGCGGCCCUUGGAUCACGAAUGAACGAAGUGGCACUCUACGACGUGACUCAAGGCUCAUGCCUGACUCUCUUCCUGACCGAUCCGGUGGGCGAGAAGCCCAAAGAGGAUGCACUGAGCAUCCCGACGCUUGUGGAGCUGCCUGUGGUUGCAGGAGUGCCGAAAGUGACGUGGGAAGACCCAUGUCCGCUCCUGUCUGGUGCAAGCUCCGGAACCGGAAGCGUCCGGUCACUCUGGCUGCCGCCUCGUGGCGUGCAGACCUUUCUUCUUACGGCAGGCUCAGAUCGCAAGGUUCGGCACUGGAGCUUGGAUCCUGGACAGACCAGCCAGGAGUGCGCUGUCGUGACCCCAUCCGACGUGCCGGGCGAGACGGAAAGGCCUACCUACACCGCCAGCCACCUCGGGGACGUCUUCGUCGUGCAGGAGCAGGGUGGCCAGCGGAACGAGGCGCCGGCGUCGCUGUCGCGCGUGGGAAGCCAGGACUCGUCGUCCCCGCCGAGCCCCAACCAUCGCGAUGCCAUUCUCGACCUGUGCACCAUCUCCUUGCAAAAUGACAUCUUGGUCACGGCUGGUCGGGACGGCCUAGUCAAGCUAUGGAGAUGA